UUUUGCCAUUUCACGUUCAGCUGGCAGCGAAAUCGAAAGUGAUUGCUCCGUGAGCUCUGCCAAGAUCGCAAUACCCUCCAAAAAUUAAACAUUUGACUCUCAACAGUGCUAAUUUAAUAAAAUAAAUAACUGCAGCUGCAACAACAAAAACAAAUCGAAAUAAAACCAACAACAGCUUAAACAAAAUGCUGCUCAAAAUUUGCCUGUUGAGCUGCCUCGCCGUCCUGGUGGCCGCCGAGGAACUGUCGCCCGUGGCCGCCGCGUCCGACAUUAAGCCAGUGGUGGAGGAGCAGCAGGAGAGUUUCGAGACUGCGCACAAGGUGCCCGAGGCGAGUCUGUUGAGCGACGAGGGAUUCCACACAGCGCAUCGCAUUAGCAUACGCGCCGCCGGGAAUGGCGACGACUACUCGAUGAAUUUGCUGGCGACCAAAGAGCGACCGGAGCUCAAUCCGGUGCUCAGUGCGCUCAUCAACGAGGAUGUGAUGAAGAGCAUUGAGGCCAAGCGCGCCAUCGAAGAGGAAGAACUUGCGGAGGUGCGACGCGAAAUUGAGCAGGCCGAACGUGCAGUCGCCGAGGCGAAAGCUGCAGCCCUGGGCGGAGUUACUGAGACACCUCUGAUGAUGCAGCUGACGACACAAGCGCCGGCGGCAACGAAGAAAAUCGAUAACCUCGACGAUGAUAUGCUCAUGGAUCCGCAUGAGGAGUUUGUCAAUCAGAAUAUCGCGCUGGUCGGUGCGGGCAGCGAGAAGAAGUCGCGCAUUGAGAUCAAAAAGGGACCCAAUGGCCAGGACUACGAAUACGAGUAUGUCUACUACUACGAGGAGGACGAUGAGGCUGGCGGCGAUAGCAAAGCCAAGGCGGCCAUAGCAGCGCCCGCAGCAGUGGAAGCACCCGAGACACCCGAAAUGCGCGGCAAGACGCGCUAUUCCAACAUCGAGCGCAGCACCGUGGCCACGCCCAGCGAGAACAGUUUGCAUAGCGGCAAGGCGAAGGGACGUGCUGCAUCCAGCUCCAGCUCCGAUAGCUCCGCCGAUGACAACAUUGAAGCCGAACGUCUGCCAGUCAAUACGCGUUUCCCCAGUCGCGGCAAGAACAUCGAGGUGCCACCCACACCCGCAUUGGAUUCACUCGAGAAUGCUGCCGAACAGCGCAAGAAGAUCAGUGUGAAGCGUCCCAGCCUGGAGCUGGUCGACAGUCAGACUUUCAAUACGGAGGAGAAGCAGCUCAAGGCGGCGCGCAAUGGUGAAAAGGAUUUGAAGCCGGUUAUCGCAGUGGAGCAGGAGGCAGCAGCUGCUGCUGCUGCUGCCGCCGCUGAAGCAAAGCGCAAGGAGCAAGCCGAACUGGAAAGCACCGCCAAGUUGGAAGAGGAAACGGAACAGACGACACCCUCAAUGGAAAAGGCUGCCCUCGAUCUCUAUGCCAUCCUCACCAAUGAGAAUUUAAAUAAUGAGCAAACCACAUUGUCGGAUGCUGAUGCCGCCGCUGGAACCACCAUGUCACCCGAUACCGCCAGCACCGAUGCCGAUGGCAAUCUGACCACCAUGACCGACGAAGUCGCUCCCAGCAGCACUACCAGCACCACCACUACCACUAGCACCACCACUACGACUACUACUACGACCACGGCGGCUCCCAGCACCACCACAGCAGCGACUUCGCUCUUUGGCGGUCGUCGCUCCGGAUUGAAUAGCCUGGCUGGACGCAAUCGCUUCAAGCUGCGUGAUGGCGCCAGCACCACCACCACCACAGAAUCCGCACCCACAGAAACCACCAAGACCGGACGCAAUCGCUUUUCACGUCCUUCCAUUGGAGGUCGCGCUCGUCCUGGCGCUCGCACCACUGCCGCACCUGAGCCUGCCGCUGAUGCCGCUGUGGAGGAGGAAGUUGCCCCCGCCAAAGAAGUGAAACCUGUUAGCUCGGGCUUUGCACGUGGCAGACCCCGCAAUCGUUUCAAUCUGCGCGGCACCAGCACCACCACUGAGAAGUCCGCUGCCGCUGGCGGCGAAGAGAGCAGCGAUGGCGCCAGCGCCGCCGAUGCCACGCCCAGCACCACAGCACGCAGCACACUGCGCAAUCGUCCAGCAUUGAAUCUGCGCGGACGCAGUCGCAUCACCACCACCAAGGCACCCGCUGCCGCUGAAGGCGCCAGCAGCGCCGAUGAAGCAGCCAAGCAGCCCGCAGCAGAAUCUGGAGCGGCAGCAGCAGCAGCUGGAGCAGCAGAGCCAGCGGCGGCAGUGCGUCCAUCACGCUUCAAUUUGCAUCGCGCCGGCGGCAACCGUUUGCUGCCGCGUGGCAAGCUGGGACGCUCCGGCGCCAGCACUGAGGCGCCCAAGGCGGCCGAGGCUGAGGAUUCGGCAGCGGACAGCAGCCAUCAUAGUGAUGUGAAGAAUGCGGAGGGCGCGGCGGCGGAGAAGACUGAGGAGAAGACUGAGGAAGGCGAUGCAGCCGGUGCGGUGGCCAGCCAUGCGGCUGGACCCGUUUCCAGCUUGAAUCGCCUCAAGAACAGACCGCGCCUCAAUGCGCUGCACAAGACUGACGCGGCCGCCAAGACAAAGGCUGCCCACAACAAUAACAACAAUGCCUCACCCUCAGCAGUGGCGACGGCGCCACGCAAAAUUAAUCCGCUGCUCGCCAAGCGGCGUUUGCAACUAGGCGGCGCUGCUGCUACCUCAACCACAGAAUCGCCCGCUGAGGAUACAUCGGAUUCGUCCAGCGAACAGCCAGCCAAGGAGGAAGCGGCGGCAGGCAGCGAGUCUGGUGAUAGCCCAGCCAAGGAGCAGGAGACUACGGAGGCGGCUGAGGCCACCACCAAGCCACAGGCUCGUGGUCUGGGACUGCUCGGCCAGCGUCGUCGUCUGCCGCUGAGAAAACCUGGCACUCUCCAGGUUAGCAGCAGUCGCUAAGCAGUUGGAAGAUGUCGAAGACGUAAGAAGGGGAAGAGUAUGAAGAAGAAGAAGAAGAAGAAGCAGAGGCAACAGCACUACUCCUACUCCAAACUUCUCUUAACACUAAACAACUUGCAAUCUUCACCAAUAUGUAAAGCAAACACACCUAGCCAUACCUUUUAUAUUGAUUUCUCUCUAGGUACAGUUGCCGCCCCAACUGCACAGCUGUUGAUAAAUUUACUUUCUUUCAGUCACUAUCGUAACGUUCCUUGCCUGUUUUCCAACACUAGAUACACUAUACUUCCAGCCAGCGUUGCCAACACUAAUGUGCAGCAGCUAAAUUUAUAUUUUAGUUAGUUACAGUCUUGUGUUCAAUUUUAAUUUGCUUACCGAUUUAUCGAUAAAUCGAAACUUUAACUGUAUUUGCCUUAAGCAGCAGCAGCAGCAGCGUCUCUUGUCUAUUGUCUGUUCUUUACUUAAACAAAAAAAGAAAAAAAUGCAAUUAGCUUUUUACACAAUACAAUAAUUAAAAUAUUGAAUUAUUAUAUUUAAGUCACUUUUUGCGCAAAAGUCACCAAAACAAAAAACAUAAAAAAUAUUAAAAAAAAAUAUUAAAAACUUGAAACUAAACAACAAACGCAGCCACUUGUAGUACGUUAAGUGAAAAAGAAGAAGAAGAAAACAAACAAGAAAUUCUGAGAGCUCAAACUCAAUGCGGGCUCAAAACUCAAAUCAGCACUUGGCCAACAUCUUGACAUGUGUGUAUUAUACACAACAUAUAUAAAUGAUAUAUACAUAUAUAUCGGAUAUACAUAACUAUAUAUAUAUGAUAA